GUGCAGCGUGACAGCCAUGAUCCCCUCUCUACCACUCGAGCUCAACGACUAUAUCGUCGACUAUCUGCACAACGACACCCGGUUCCUCGGUUCAUGUGCCUUGACGUGUCGCACUUGGCUGGUCGCAGCUCGCUACCACCGUUUCCGUGAGCCCAUCGUUGAGACCGACGAAGACCUCAUGGCGUUUGGGAAACUCGUGGCACUAUCCCCGACGUUAGGUCCCGUCGUCAGAAGGUUACGAAUAAGCCGCUUUACUUCCGCGGUACUGUGUUCUGCGUUGCCUGCGCUUCCAGCUCUUACUACUCUGGAACUCGAUGAUUGUGACUUCGAAUCCGGUGACUUCACCAGCGUCGAUGCCAAGCUUCCCGCCCUGCAAGAGCUUACUAUGGAGCUCUGCACCAUCGGUUUGGACACGCUAGCCCAACUACUCUCGGCUUUGAGCGGUCUGAAACGCCUCUCCAUAGCUCAGCCCUACGCCAUCCUGCCAGGCGUGCCCGUCCUCGGACGUUUGGACUCUUUACGCUCGCUGCGACUGGACUUCUGUGACCUAAUGCUCGGGGAGGACGCGAAAGUCCUUGUGGAUUGGCUCCUGAGUACGCUCCAGCCACAGCAACUCCUUACGCUUCAUGUCAUCCGUCUUUAUGACCCACGACCUAUGCAGCCGCUGUUCGAUACCUUUGGUCCGGGCGGUUUGGAACAUGCGACCAUUGAGUUGUAUUACCUUGAAGGGAUUGCAACGACUGAGUUUACGCUAGAGCGCUGUGUCAACCUGCGCUCGCUAUCGAUCGAGCUCGGGAAUCACACGGAGUGGGAGGGCAACACGAUGGAUUUGAGGUGGUCUAGCUUGCUCAUAUCCCAGCUCAACUCUCCCUCCCUCGAGACAAUCACUCUCACCGUGAUUACUCGACCAUUCGAGCCGCAGGACGACUGGGAGUUCAAUGACAUACAAGCAUUAGAUUGGCAAAGCAUCAAUUGCACGCUCCAGCGGUCAGUUCUCAGGGAACUGCGGGAAUUCAAGAUACACGGCCGAGGGUCCAAAACAUCGCUGGAAGCUCGUCUGCAGGAGACGUGCCGAGAUGCGUAUCAGCGAGGGCUCUUCCGACUAAUACAGCGAGACUGAAUGUGUUCCUGUGUCGCGCGCAUGAGGGCAUCCAUCGCUACUCCAGGCGGUCGUGUUCGUAAGCCGAGAUCGUCGCUGUGCCUGUACUUCAACUGAAUACUGAACAUCUCAUACCCGCCACUACGUCAGGUUAGAAGCGUCAUACGAAGCUUGAUAUCGUACUAGCGAUUACAUCCGCUCUUGUUGUACCGCAAAUUAGGACCCAGACAGGUUAACCAUGGACGAAUCAGUGACGCUCAUAUGCCUAUACGUGAAUUCACAUAAAGCACAAGUACACCACUCU